GCGCCGGGGCGCGCUCCGGCGGCCGGCGGGGAUUUCCAGCGCGCGAGAGGAAGUGCCUGCGAGAGAGUGCGUGAGGGCGCGAGGGAGCGCGGCGCGGCGCGGCCGCCGCGUGCGCGAGCCGGGGUUGCAGCCCAGCAGGGACUUUCCAGCCGGCGGCGGCGGCGGCCGCCGGCCCUUCCCCGCCCCCCGACAUGGGGCUGCCCGGGGAGCAGGACGCUGCGGACCGCGGCGGAGGACGCGCCCGGCGCCCCUGAGCCGGCCGAGCGGCGGCGGACCGCGGGAUGAUGAAACUGAGGCUCAAAGAAGUUAUGCCACUUGGUUAAGGUCCCAAAGCAGGUCAGAACCAGAUCUAGGAUCAGAAACCUGGCUGCUGGCACUCUAUUCUCCUAAGGAUCACUUUCCUGACGGAAGAGGUGCCAGAUUGGAGGAAGGGUGCUGUCAUUCGAAAAUGAAAAUAUUUAUUGGGCACUUGUGAGAGUGGAAAGAGAUGGACCCUGGGAUCAGACAAGCCUAGCUUUGGUUGCAACUGCCCUGAACCAUCUAGGACUGAGCCAGGUGUUGUGUGCAAGGUAAGGGACUCCACUACAUUAUUUGAAGAAGGAUAAGGUUGACACUGCUUUGCUUCUUUCUUUGUUGAAGUCUCUUCCUCCCUGAUCAAGCUUAGAUAUAUCUUCUUACAGCAUAUGACACACAGAUGCUAAAAUUGUGCCAUUUUUGGCCAAUGAAGCCUCUUUGAGUUGACUCCUUCGCCCUGUGACAUGACCCGUAGUCUUCCUUUCCUUGCUCUCUGGUAUGAAUUUCUCUUUCCUAAGAUGGAGUCGAGUAAGAAGAUGGACUCCUCUGGCACCCUGCAGACUAACCCACCGCUAAAGCUGCACCCUGACCGAGGUGCCAGCACGGCAGUUUUCGUCCCUGAACAAGGAGGUUACAAAGAAAGGUUUGUGAAGACGGUGGAGGACAAGUACAAGUGCGAGAAGUGCCGCCUGGUGCUGUGUAACCCGAAGCAGACUGAGUGUGGACACCGCUUCUGUGAGACCUGCAUGGCCGCCCUGCUGAGCUCCUCAAGCCCAAAAUGUACUGCGUGUCAAGAAGGCAUCAUUAAAGAUAAGGUGUUCAAGGAUAAUUGCUGCAAGAGAGAGAUUCUGGCUCUUCAGAUAUAUUGUAGGAAUGAGAGUAGAGGUUGUACAGAGCAGUUAACCCUGGGACAUCUGCUGGUGCAUUUAAAGAACGACUGCCAGUUUGAAGAACUUACUUGUGUUCGUGCUGACUGCAAAGAGAAAGUGUUGAGAAAAGACCUGCGUGAUCACGUAGAGAAGGCCUGUAAAUACCGCGAGGCCACGUGCAGUCACUGCAAGAGUCAGGUUCCAAUGAUCACGUUGCAGAAACACGAAGACACUGAGUGUCCUUGCGUGGUGGUGUCCUGCCCUCAUAAGUGCAGUGUCCAGACUCUUCUGAGGAGCGAGUUGAGUGCACACUUGUCAGAGUGUGUCAAUGCCCCCAGCACCUGUAGUUUUAAGCGCUAUGGCUGCGUUUUUCAGGGGACAAACCAGCAGAUUAAGGCCCAUGAGGCCAGCUCCGCGGUGCAGCAUGUCAACUUACUGAAAGAGUGGAGCAAUUCUCUAGAGAAAAAGGUUUCUUUGCUGCAGAAUGAAAGUGUAGAAAAAAACAAGAGCAUACAAAGUUUGCACAAUCAGAUAUGUAGCUUUGAAAUUGAAAUUGAGAGACAAAAGGAAAUGCUUCGAAAUAAUGAAUCCAAAAUACUUCAUUUACAGCGAGUAAUAGACAGCCAAGCAGAGAAACUGAAAGAGCUCGACAAAGAGAUCCGUCCUUUCCGCCAGAACUGGGAAGAAGCUGACAGUAUGAAGAGCAGCGUGGAGUCCCUCCAGAACCGAGUGACCGAGCUGGAAAGUGUGGACAAAAGUGCAGGGCAGGCAGCUCGGAACACAGGCUUGCUGGAGUCCCAGCUGAGCCGGCACGACCAGAUGCUGAGUGUUCACGACAUCCGCCUGGCUGACAUGGACCUGCGAUUUCAGGUCCUGGAGACUGCCAGCUACAAUGGCGUGCUGAUUUGGAAGAUCCGGGAUUAUAAACGGCGGAAGCAGGAGGCCGUCAUGGGGAAGACCCUGUCCCUUUACAGCCAGCCUUUCUACACUGGCUAUUUUGGCUAUAAAAUGUGUGCCAGGGUCUACCUGAACGGGGAUGGGAUGGGGAAGGGGACGCAUUUGUCGCUGUUUUUUGUCAUUAUGCGUGGAGAAUAUGAUGCUCUGCUUCCUUGGCCGUUCAAGCAGAAAGUGACGCUCAUGCUGAUGGAUCAGGGGUCCUCUCGGCGUCAUUUGGGAGAUGCAUUCAAGCCGGACCCCAACAGCAGCAGCUUCAAGAAACCCACUGGUGAGAUGAAUAUUGCCUCUGGCUGCCCAGUCUUCGUGGCCCAAACUGUGCUAGAAAAUGGGACAUAUAUUAAAGAUGAUACCAUUUUUAUUAAAGUCAUAGUGGAUACUUCGGAUCUGCCCGACCCCUGACGAGUCACUGGGGAGGUGGAUUGAGCAGAAGGCAACUCCUCUGGGGGGUUUGAACCGGCUGUCUCCACCGAGGUCCUCGCACUCAGAAAAGGACCUUGUGGAACGGAGGAAGCUGCAGAAGGCGGCCGCGGGCCGGCGAGAGGAGCCACGCGUGAGGACACACCUGACACGUUUUCUAUAGACUAGUACCACUGCACUCUGAAGAAUUAUUUAUCCUUCGACGAGAUAAAUACUGCUGUCAGAGAAGGUUUUCAAUUUUAUUUUUAAAGAUCUAGUUAAUUAAGGUGGAAAACAUGUAUGCUGAACAAAGAACCAUGAUUUUUCUUCCUUAAACUUGAACACCAAAAAAAGAACACACACACACACGCACGCACGCACACACACACACACACACACACCUGGGGGUAGCUGGACAUGUCAGCAUGUUACGUAAAAGAGGAAUUUAUGAAAUAAUAAUGCAAUUCUGAUAUAUUCAUUCUAAAAUUCAAGAGUGCAAUCUUGUUUCAAAUAUAGUAUAUUGUCUAUUUUUAAGGCCUCAUCUGGUCUCUGUUUUAAUAAUUUGUUUGUCAGAAGACCCUGCAGUACACCUAGGUCUUUUUUGAAAGUCUCUAAAUUCAGAAUCAUUUUUUAAUUUAAAGUUCUAAAAUAAUUAUUACUGCAAACAUUUUAUUUUAAAACGUUGAUAGACUGAUACUUCUUGGAAGAAAAUGUAAAAUAUCAAACACUGGUUAUCACUUGUGAUAGGAAAGAGAAUAUUCAAUCUGUUGUUAUUUCUCGUUAGAAAUGUAAACCUUCAAUAUCUGUCGUAGUUAAUGACACUACUUCAAAAUUAUUAUGAAAGGAAAAUUGCUCAUGGAUGCUGUGCAUCAUUUUCAGAUUUAUAAUUGUUUUCACCCUAAAAUAGGGCAUUAGUUGAACUUUGGAGUUCUAAACAAAAUCCUGUAGGUUUUUAAAAUUCUGCCCCAUGUGUUCAGACAAGCUCUCUAUUGCUGACAACACCGACCUUCAGUGUCCAGUGUCCAGGGGUGGGCAGGUGACUUGUGCUGAAGGAGGCCACAGCAGAUGUGUUUCUUCAUUCUGUCAUGUUGCUGCAUUUUGUUAACAAUCUCCAAAAGCGACAUUUUUGCAUAGAGAUGGUGGCAUGCUGUACAUGUGCCUUAGAUGUGACAUGCUGCUUCUCGACCCAAGCUUUGUGUUCACUGUAAUUCUAGAAAGUGAUAGUUUAACCAGACUUUUCUCUCGACCACUAGAUCUUUGCCUCUUCAAGGGUCCUCAGACAGUUCUGUACCUGCUGAGGGAGCCAGGCUCCAUCGUCGGCUUCUGGAGCCUCCACUGCUUAAUUAUCACCGAUUCCAAAUCUCUAGGCCCCAAAAGUGAGCCGCCUAGUCCAAGCGUGGGCUUGGUCCCAGCCCCAAGGCAGGAGUGGAGCAGAUGCUGUGCCUGUGUCCCCACCUGGGCUGUGGGAGCCACAUCACUCGAAGCAGAGCCCUCUGAGCAUUCCAGAGACCGCCGCUCUGGGGGACCAGCCCAGGCUGGCUGACAGGCAUUCCUGAACCACUGCUCUCUUGAGAAGGGUGGUCUCGGGGUCCGUCGUCUCAGCCUGCGCCUACCCAGAUGGCAUUUUCUCAACUCACUGUUUACCUUCUCUCAAUGGUCCAACUGUGAUUAGAAGCCGGAGCCCUGCCUCCUGUGCCCCUUUGCUAUGCACCACGCUUCAUGGGUGCUCUUACCACUGAUGGGUGCUACACGUGACGGGUGCUUCUUAGGCAAAAUCAAUGUGUGUGAACCACCGCAUCUGUGCCACUCAUCCAAAAGACGCGCCCACAAUUGGCCAGCUGGGCCGCGCACCUCAGACUGCCUGCCUCUGGGCUCCCCCCAUGGUUGCGCGGGGACAGCUGGGUUGGUGCCCAGUGGCCCACCGUGUCUCUGGUGCUGCCAUCUGCCUGGGUGUGCCUUCACCCCAGUGCCUGCUGGAAGUGCCCUCCUCCCACACACCGUCCCCAUGCUUCCAUAAGUGACCUCAUUGGUUCCAAGCACCUGCCACGCCUUUAGUAGUUAAAACGCCCAGUUGUCUUCAUCUCCUUUCCUUCCUCCACUCCCCCGGGAUUGCUUUGAGGGCAAAUCAUCGUCAUAGGUUCUGCCCAGUAAGGAGUCAUGUGUCCCCACUCAUAGAGGCGGGACUUCUGCAGAUGCUGUGAAUCACUGUUCUCUCAAAGGUGUCCCCGGCCUCCACCAGGCCUUGUCCCAGUUCUGUCCUGGAGACCAGAGGAGGGAGGAUGCCUGGCAGUCCCUACCUGGCCUCAGGUGGCUUUCCUGAGGCCAGGGGUUACCAACAGGGACAUCCCUGUGACUUCCUCCCCCUUCACUAAAAGUACGGACAAUGUCAACAAACUUAGGAUAAGCGACAUCUUGGUCUGGUAAAAAAACAAUUUUUUCCCUCCCCUGGGCUGACAUCCUGCUGGGGCUGGGCCACCUGGCAGCACUCCUGGAAGUAUCCGUCCCUUGGUGGGGGGCUUCUCCAGCAGCCCCUCCCAGACAUGCUCCUUGGGGAGAUGAUAGGCCUUCCUGGCCUCCUCCCGAUGAGCCCAUAGGACAUGGCUUUAGUAGCUGGCACCGUCCCCUGGGAUGAGGAUGUGACAUGGCAGAAGCAUCAUCCUGUGGCUUGAUAAUGGUGGUAAC